AACCCUCUUUUUCAACGCUAACAUUCUGUUAUGCUGUGUACUGCUCUGCUCUUCACUAUUCGCCGUUACUCUUCUCCUACUGCUCUCCUCUCCAAUCUCCCUCGCACUCACCGGCGAUUCCUCUCGUCAUUUCCAGCAGCCACAAUGUCCGCCGCUAACAACGCCACCGCCAAGGCUCCUCAUCCUAAAGACGAAGCUUAUCUCACCGCAGUAAUCGAAAAACGCAUCAAAUUGUUCGAAUCCAUCAAAGAAGAGCAAAUCUCGCGAUUUCAAUCGCUCGAGCACGAUACAAUUAAGAUUAGCUUGCCGAAUGGGACGGUGAAGGACGGACAGAGAUGGUUAUCAUCUCCGAUGGACAUAGCUAAAGGGAUAUCGAAGAGUUUGGCUUCGAAUGCUUUGAUUGCUCAAGUUAAUGGCUCGCUUUGGGAUAUGAAUAGGCCGUUAGAGAGUGAUUGCGAGCUUAAGAUUUUUACAUUUGACAGUGAUGAAGGUAGAGAUACCUUUUGGCAUUCUAGUGCUCACAUUCUCGGUCAGUCACUGGAAAUGGAGUAUGGGUGCAAGCUUUGCAUUGGGCCCUGCACCACAAGAGGCGAGGGUUUCUACUAUGAUGCAUUCUAUGGUGAAUUGGGCUUGAAUGAAGAUCAUUUUAAGAAAAUUGAAGCUGGAGCAUUGAAAGCUGUUUCGGAAAAGCAACCUUUUGACCGUAUUGAAGUAUCAAGGGAGCAAGCACUUGAGAUAUUUUCAGAAAAUAUUUUUAAGUUAGAAAUCAUCAAGGAACUUCCUGCAGACAAAACUAUAACUGUGUACAGAUGUGGGCCAUUAGUUGAUUUAUGUCGAGGGCCCCAUAUACCAAAUACAUCCUUUGUGAAAGCUUUUGCAUGUUUGAAGGCUUCAUCUGCUUAUUGGAGGGGUGACAAAGAUCGUGAAAGUUUGCAAAGAGUUUAUGGGAUAUCAUAUCCUGAUCAAAAACGGUUGAAGGAGUACCUUCAACACCUCGAAGAAGCAAAGAAAUAUGACCAUAGAUUGGUCGGUACAAAGCAGGAGCUUUUCUUUUGCCAUCCGCUGAGUCCAGGAAGUUGGUUUUUCCUUCCGCAUGGAACUCGAAUUUACAACAAACUAAUGGAUUUUAUGCGAGUUCAAUAUUGGGAGAGAGGCUAUGAAGAGGUAAAGACUCCUAAUAUUUAUAAUAUGAAACUUUGGGAGACUUCUGGCCACGCUGCAAAUUAUAAGGAGAAUAUGUUUUUGCUUGAGAUUGAAAAGCAGGAGUUUGGUUUGAAACCAAUGAACUGCCCGGGCCACUGUGUAAUGUUUCAACAUAGAGUCCGAUCAUAUAGAGAGCUUCCUCUCCGGCUUGCUGAUUUUGGGGCAUUACAUCGCAAUGAGGCCAGUGGAGCACUCACUGGAUUAACACGUGUGCGAAGGUUUCAGCAGGAUGAUGCUCAUAUAUUCUGCAGGGAGUCACAGAUAAAGGACGAAGUGAAGGGUGUCCUAAACUUCAUUGAUUAUGCCUAUAAAAUUUUUGGUUUCACUUAUGAUCUAAAGCUAUCUACGAGGCCAGAGAAAUAUCUAGGGGACUUGGCAUCAUGGGAUAGAGCUGAGGCUUCUCUUAGAGAUGCAUUGGAUGAUUUUGGGAAACCUUGGAAGAUAAAUGAAGGCGACGGAGCUUUUUAUGGGCCUAAGAUAGAUAUCAGUGUAUCAGACGCAUUGAAUAGAAAAUUUCAGUGUGCCACUCUACAGCUUGACUUUCAGCUGCCAGCUCGUUUUGAGUUGGAGUACUCGGCAGAGGACGAAGCCAAGAGAGAAAGGCCUGUUAUGAUACACAGAGCAAUCCUAGGGUCUGUUGAGCGUAUGUUUGCCAUACUAUUGGAGCAUUACAAGGGGAAAUGGCCAUUCUGGCUGAGUCCUCGUCAAGCUAUUGUCUGCUCUGUUUCUGAGAAAUCCCAGGAGUAUGCAGAGCAGGUACAGAGUCAGUUGCACAACGCUGGCUAUUAUGUUGAUGUUGAUUUAACAGACAGGACAAUCAAUAAAAAGAUACGGGAAGCUCAGUUGGCGCAGUACAAUUAUAUAUUGGUGGUGGGAGAAGAUGAAGCCAAAACUGGAGAGGUAAAUGUGCGUUUAAGAGAUAAGGGUGAUCGCUCCAUGAAGACUAUUGAGAGUCUACUCCAACACUUUAAGGAGGAAGUGGCUGCAUUUCACUAGAUGUUCAAAUAUUGAGCCUUGGAAAACUCUAGAAGAGUGCUUUGUUGCUUGAAUGAUUGAUGUUGCUGUCGACUGGUCUGAUGCUUAGAGAGUUGUUCUUUCAUUCCUCUCCAACUGCUCCUCUUACUCUUUUUGAGUUGAUGAAAGUAAAACUUCUCUCGUAAUUGAUUCUGGAUUAGGCUUUUCGAAAAAUACGAGAUUUGGAUUUUUAGGUUUCGUACAAAUAAUGUUCCACAUUUAAAUAGUUUUUUUUUCUAAAAAGGUAUUUAUAUGAUUUGCUUCUUUUUCAAUCCAAAUAAAAGAUUUAAAUUUAAAGUAA